UUAUUGUACAAUUUGAAUAUUUUUGAAUCAAUUUGUAUUAAAAAUGAAAAAUAAAAUUGAACAAUAAUUUUGAGACGGAAGAAGUAAAAUUGAGGGCAACCUGUUUAUGGAUUGGAAAAUAAAAAUCAAGAUGCACUCUUCUUUACAUACACGAGUAAUUUUUCAAAAGAAAAUAUGUUUCAAGUCAUCAUUUUAAUCUUGUCGAUCAUAGACUAAAAUGAACUUGAAUUAAAUUUGAGACAUUUAAAAUAGAAUGUGUUAGACUGAAAAAAAAAAACCAUUCAGAAAAUUUUUUUUUUAAAAAAUGAAAAUAACCGACCAUAGUAUUCCUAAUCAUUAUCCUCACCAGCUCAACUGAGCUCAGCAGCAACCUCAGCUAAAAAAUGCCACUGACAAGUCAACGACAAAGCUUCCAGUUCCCCAUAACAUUUAUCCCAUCAACCUCACCACUUCCCCAGAUUCCACCACCGCCCACCACCGCCUCCUCCGCCACCGCCACCGCCACCGCCUCCGCCUGCUCCUCCUCGGGAAUCCCCUCCCUCACAUGCCAUGGAAAGCACCAGCAACAGUAGUUCAGCCAGUACUGACCAGGAAACUCCCUCCCAGCCCCUAAUUUCCAAGCCCCUCUACCCUUCCGUCGUUGACGCGCCACCGUCGCAGCCGCCCAUAGCCUCCGUCAGUUACAACGACGGCGGCGACGACGACCAAUCCCAAUUCCUCCAUAUCACAUACAAACACGGCCCCCGCCAAUUUAAAGACUGGCCUUUUCUCAUCCUUUUUAUUCUUCUUAUACUUGCCACUUUUGGUUUUGGAAUUUUCGCUUGUGUCCAUAGAAAUCCUUAUUCCCCAUCCCAAGUUUCUUCCUUUAUCUAUAAUUCAACUUCUUCUUCCUGUACACUUCUUCAGAAUCCCGGCUCCUUAACUGAACCCAUUUCCUUAAAUUCUCUUAAAAAACCGGGUUUGUUGAAAACUUUGAUAUGGACACUUGUAAUAACUUUAAUUUUGAGCUUGCCCUUUGUUUUAUUCGUGCUCUUUUCCCUCAAACAUUACACCAAACAGAUUGUGUACAUUGCCCUUCCUUUCUUUGUAAUUGUCCCAGUGUUUAUAAACGUGUACUGGUUUGUUGCUUGCACCGUCAGCUCCUCUUGUAGUGAAUCUUUCCCUUUGGUUUAUCGAAUUUUGGUUCUCGUUUUCGUGUUUUUGGUCAUUGGGGUGAUCGUGUGGAUAUUUCUUGUGAAUUGGCAUAGGGUUGAGCUGACUAUUAACAUAAUUGGGGUGGCUGCCAAUGCCCUGUCACAAAAUUUGGGCCUUUUUGGGGUGCUACCUUGCUUGACUUUUGUUUUGCUCUUGUAUUAUUCCCCAAUUGUGGUGUUCUUGGUGUUCUCUAGGCUGAAUGGAAAGAUUGUACCAAAAGAGGAUAGAAAUGGCGAGUUUUACUGUGUUUGGAAAGAGGAUAAAUGGGUGCCUGCCUAUUAUACCUUGGGUAUUUUGACUAUGCUUUGGUCUGCCACUGCUAUGAUUGAAGCUCAGGUUUAUGUAAUCAGUGGCACUAUUGCUCAGUGGUACUUCUCCAAGGAUUACGAGAGGCCCGAGAAAAGUUUAAGGAGCGCCUUGAGAAAUGCAUUUGGUCCUUCCUCUGGCACAGUAUGCUUGUCCGGAUUGCUUACCUGUGUUGUCCGGGUGGUGCGUGCAAUGGUUGAUAACGCUAGGCAAGAAGAUGCUCCUUCUGGAAUCGUGAACAUAAUCUUGCGGUGCUGUGUUAAUGCCCUAAUGGUGGCAUUUGACUUCCUUAACAAGUUCACCAUAAACUUUGCAGCUAUAACAGGUGAAGCUUACUGCACAUCAGCAAGGAUCACUUAUGAACUUUUGAGACGCAAUCUUCUCUCGGCUGCCUUUGUGGAGACUGUCUCCACUCGUAUUCUUGCAGGAAUAAUAUUCGUACUUUCAGCAAUAUAUGCGAUAGUGGUGAGUUCAUUUUUGUUGCUUUCCUUGUGCAUUUCAGAAAUUUGGGUUUUUGAAAUAAGUUAGUUUAUGGUUUAACAUUAUCCCUGCCAUAUACAUUCUUCUAUGGGAUUUAUAUUUGGACAUGGGUGAAGUGAACUAAAUAUGGGAAAAGGUUGCUUCGCUCGCUUGCAGAUGGACUAUGACUUGCAAAUAUGUAGCAUCUCUUACAUGUAUGUAUCUAUGGAAGAAUAUGCUUGUCAAUUUGUAUGGGUGGGUGUAGAUUAGCUUCAAUUAUGAAUCCUUUUCUAUGACUACCAAAUAUGCAUGUCAAUUUGCUGCUUAUUUACACCCUGUGCAUUACCUGUACCUAGUUUCUGUAACAUCCCAGAAAAGUAAGAUUUUUGUCAGCUACUCCUUCCAUUUCAAAGUGUAAGUCUUUUAGACUUGGCACGUAAACUAAGGAGACAAUCAUCCAACAAUUAAUUUAUGUGUUAAAUAUCUUUUUUACCCCUCAUUAAUUACAUUGAAACUAUAAACAAGACUAAAUAAAAAUAUAUUAGCGUCAUUUAUUGAGGGUAAAUUUGGAAAAUAGUCAUUAAUUUGCCUAGAAUUUGUAAAACGACUUACAUUUUGAAAAAUCUCUCCAAACCUAAAACGAUCUACAUUUUGAAAUGGAGGGAGUAUCUUGUUUUUUGGUAUUGCUUUCUCUGUUUUGGAUCAGAUUCAAUGCAGUUUUUACAUUUUCAAUGUUUUGAAAAUUUUAGUCAUGACUGGAUAUGUGCUUUUUCAAGGAAAUUACGACGCUGUAGAGCGUCAUGCUUGUUUGUUGGUAUUCUAUUUUUAGAUAUGGUUUUGUUCAUUAAUGUGUGUUAUUAUUGUUGCUAUAAUAAGGUCAAAUUUCACUGUGCAUGCAUGCAGGUAUGUGUCAUAAUAAGAGCUGUCGGUCACAUCGGUGCCGAUGCCUACUUCAUUGCUGCUAUGGCAUGGCUGCUGCUGAUUGUUGUGCUGAGUUUGUUUGUGCAUGUGUUGGAUAACGUUAUAGAUACAAUCUACAUUUGCUACGCUAUUGACCGGGAUCGAGGAGAUGUUUGUAAACAAGAGGUUCAUGAGGUUUAUGCCCACCUCCCGUUAAGUAGGAGUCGCCAAAGAUUUGGUGUUAGAACACCACUUCUUGUAUAAAAUGUUUUUGUUGUUGGAAGACUGUGCAUAGAAUGAGAGGUUCAGUUGGCUGUGGUGUAACAGGGACUUGGUUAAUAAAGAUGAGACCGCCAUUUAUAUACACAAUUAAUAAUGAUGGGAAGAGUAAAUCAGGCUAGGGAAACGAGAGUGCAAAUGGAUCUGCAUAGAUGAGAAAUCACAGAAAUCCCCUGUAGCGAUUUAUAAACACACAAUUUAAUUACCUUGUUCCUUCAUCAUUAGCUGUUGAGAUCUAUUUUCAUUUUAUUCUUUCUUUUCUUUUCUUUUUUUUUUUUCCUCUUUACUCAUUAAUUGGAAUUACUCUUACUUUUUUGAGUUAGGACCUACUGGAGAGUCACGGAGUCAAGAAAUAGC